AUGGUGGAGGCGGGCGGGGGAAGCGGUCGGAAACUCUUGGUGUCAAGCUGGCAACGUCAAGCUGGCAACGUCAAGCUUACAACGUCAAGCUUACAACGUCAAGCAGGGGACGUCAAGCUGGGGACGUCAAGCAGGGGACGUCAAGCUGGGGACGUCAAGCUGGGGACGUCAAGCUGGGGACGUCAAAAGGAACGGCUCGCUGCCCCAGUCGCGUCAACAAUCCUCAACACUGUGGCGGGCGGAACAUUGUUGCCUCAAUUUGUCCUACUACCAGUACCCGUACUACCAGUGCCCCGUACUACCAGUACCCGUACUACCAGUACCCGUACUACCAGUACCCGUACUACCAGUGCUCCUACUACCAGUACCCCGUACUACCAGUACCCGUACUACCAGUACCCGUACUACCAGUACCCGUACUACCAGUACUCCUACUACCAGUACCCGUACUACCAGUACUCCUACUACCAGUGCCCCGUACUACCAGUGCCCCGUACUACCAGUGCCCCGUACUACCAGUGCCCCGUACUACCAGUGCCCCGUACUACCAGUGCCCCGUACUACCAGUGCCCCGUACUACCAGUGCCCCGUACUACCAGUGCCCCGUACUACCAGUACCCCGUACUACCAGUACCCCGUACUACCAGUACCCCGUACUACCAGUACCCCGUACUACCAGUACCCCGUACUACCAGUACCCCGUACUACCAGUGCCCGUACUACCAGUGCCCCUACUACCAGUACUCCUCCUACCAGUUCCGUUGGGGAAGUGUUCAGGUGGUGGUUCGAUUACCCGAUGUGUUGAACUACGUCCAGGACACCAGAAAGACAUUUGUCAGGUCUGAAGCCUCGCCUCACACUGUCUCGCCUGGAGACUCGCCUCUCACUGUCUUGCCUGGAGACUCUCCUCUCACUGUCUUGCCUGGAGACUCGCCUCUCACUGUCUUGCCUGGAGACUCGCCUCUCACUGUCUUGCCUGGAGACUCGCCUCUCACUGUCUUGCCUGGAGACUCGCCUCUCACUGUCUUGCCUGGAGACUCGCCUCUCACUGUCUUGCCUGGAGACUCGCCUCUCACUGUCUUGCCUGGAGACUCGCCUCUCACUGUCUUGCCUGGAGACUCGCCUCUCACUGUCUUGCCUGGAGACUCGCCUCUCACUGUCUUGCCUGGAGACUCGCCUCUCACUGUCUUGCCUGGAGACUCGCCUCUCACUGUCUUGCCUGGAGACUCGCCUCUCACUGUCUUGCCUGGAGACUCGCCUCUCACUGUCUUGCCUGGAGACUCGCCUCUCACUGUCUUGCCUGGAGACUCGCCUCUCACUGUCUUGCCUGGAGACUCGCCUCUCACUGUCUUGCCUGGAGACUCGCCUCUCACUGUCUCGCCUGGAGACUCGCCUCUCACUGUCUCGCCUGGAGACUCGCCUCCCUGUAACUCCUAG